AUGGAAGGUCAAGGAUUGGGUAUGGAUAUCAAUGACUUGGGUUUAGUUCCUGGCGUCCGUGUGCCACCGAAAUUCAAGGUACCCGACUUCGAGAAAUACAAAGGGAAUACUUGUCCUAAGACACAUGUCCGAGCUUACUAUCGCAAAAUGCAUGUGUACUCAGAGGAUGAAGGAUUGUUGAUGCACUUCUUCCAAGAUAGCCUGAUUGGGGCAUCCUUGGAAUGGUAUAUGAGAUUGGAGAGAGCUAAUAUCCGAAGUUGGAGAGACCUGGUUGAUGCCUUCAUAAAGCAGUAUCAGUAUAAUGUUGACAUGGCACCAAAUCGCACUCAGUUACAGAAUUUAUCCCAGAAAGCUAAUGAGUCCUUCAAAGAAUAUGCGCAGAAAUGGCGCGAGCUGGCGGCUAGGGUCCAACCACCCAUGUUGGAAAGAGAAAUGAUGGACCUGUUCACCAACACUCUGGAGGGUCAAUACUACUCCGCCUGCUCUGCAUCCUCAAGUUUUGCCGAGUUGGUUAUGAUUGGUGAGCGAAUUGAAAGUGGAAUUAAGGCUGGUAGAAUACAGAAUCCAAGUGCUGCUAGUUCCUCCUCUGGGGCUGGUGGAAAGAAGCCAUAUAAUGGGUUUGCUAAGAAAAGAGAAGGUGAAACGAGUGCUGCUUACUAUGGUAGUGGCAGAAAUCAGGCUCAUCAACAAGUAGCCGCUGUGACUAUCCCAAAUGCUCCCUUCCAACAUCAACAACAAGGGUAUCAGCCGCGUCAGAACCAACAACGGCCGAAAUUGCCAGAAAGAGCUUUUGAUCCGAUCCCAAUGACAUACGCACAAGUAUUGCCAUAUCUCCUCGAUUUGAACUUGGUCCAAUUGAGGACUUUGGCCACUCCUGCUAAGUUGCCUGCCAAUUGGGAUGCCAAUGCAAGAUGUGAGUUCCACUCUGGGUCACAUGGACAUAAUAUUGAAAACUGUAAAGCAUUGAAGCAUAAAGUCCAGGAUCUUCUCGACUCCAAAGCCAUCGAGUUUACUCCUACUCAAGGACCUAAUGUUGUUCAGAAUCCUAUGCCUCCCCAUGGAACCCAUGCAGCAAAUGCUAUUGAGGUUGUUGAAGACACUCACCUGGUUAAGGAUGUGAUCGAAUUGGGUUCAUUGUUGCCAUUAUUGAAGAAGGAAUUGUUGAGGAUGAGACUAUACGCUGGUUGUGGAGAAUUCUGCCCUAAUUGCAUGGUCACUUCAUCUGUUUGUGAUAAGGUGAAAGAUGGGAUUCAACAGUUGAUGGAUAGUGGGUAUCUACAGUUUGAGCGUGUGCGACGUCCUGAAAUGGUUGAAAACGCAGUUAAUGUGGCAUCUAUCCCGUAUACUCCUGCCAAGAUUCCAAUUCCUACAAGAGCACCUCCUUUGGUUAUUACACUUCCUGGUCCCGUCCCAUAUAACAGUGAAAAAGCGAUCCCAUGGAAUUAUGGAGGAGAAGUUUUCUACCAAGGGGCCAAGUAUGAGGUUAAAGCGUCGGUUGAGAAAGAAGAUGUUGAUAAUGUUGUGGGCAUUGGAAGAAUGACGAGAAGUGGUCGUAUUUUUAAUCCUCCCCAGAAUACUCGUGAUGACAAUGCAGAAGCUCUAGCUCAAGCAAAAGGGAAAAGAGUGGUAGAAGAUACGGUGGAUCCGGGGCAAAGCUCUAACUCUGAAGAUACUGUGGCCAAAGAGAUGGAAGAGUUCCUAAAGAUCAUCAAGAAAAGUGAGUAUAAAGUGGUUGACCAACUGAGUCAAACUCAAUCAAAGAUUUCGAUCUUGCAGUUGCUCUUGUGUUCGGAGACACAUCGAAACGCUUUGUUGAGACUUUUAAGUACUGCUUUCGUCCCUCCAGAGAUCUCAGUGAAUCAACUUGAAGGGGUGGUGUCAAACAUCAAUGCUGGUAAUGGAUUGGGAUUCACUGAUGCAGACUUGCCCUCCGAAGGUAGAAACCAUAAUAGAGCUUUGCAUAUAUCAGUGGAAUGUAAAGGGACUAUGUUAUCUCGUGUUCCCGUGGAUAAUGGAUCUUCUCUGAAUGUAUUACCGAAGUCGUCUUUGAUGAGGCUAGAUUAUUCUGGUGUCGAGAUAAGGCCGAGUGAAUUGACAGUGAGAGCCUUUGAUGGGUCAAAGAGAUCAGUAUUUGGGGAGGUUGACUUGCCAAUAAUGAUAGGCCUCAGCUUUUCACUAUCACCUUCUUUGUGA